CCACAUCUACCGUCAGAAGAAGAAAACCGCCGUCUAACUUUAUAGCAAAGCAUCUGGACCGUUGAUCGUGUAAACACAAACCCGAAGUUAACGGGCGUGAUAACGGAGAACGUGAGCAACUUCUGACGAGAAGAAGAAGACAAAAAGAAAAGAAAACAAAGGCACAUGACAUGAUUCUUUCACCCUUUCGUCUCCCAAUCUCGAUUCCUAUUCUCUCCUUCUUCUCUACUUUCCAUAGUUGAAUUUUUCCCAAUACAGUAACAUUUUUCAGUUCAUGAGAUAACAAUGGCAGGAAGCGAGAUUCAAGAACCGUUUAGCCUUAGUUUCCAGGCGAAUUCUAUUCACUCUGGAUCGAUAUCGUUUGGGAGAUUCGAGAAGGAAGGUAUAUCAUGGGAGAAGAGAUCAUCGUUCUCACACAACAGGUAUCUUGAAGAAGUUGACAAGUGUUCUAAACCUGGCUCUGUUACUGAGAUGAAAGCUCAUUUCGAGGCUCAUUUCAAGAAGAAAGGGAUCCGGUUUCCGAAUUCUCUUGAAUCUCAGACUUGGGGAGCUCGUCAAACAGGUGAACCUCACGUUGAUGAUGAUGAUGAUGAUGAUCAUGCUGUAUAUGCAACCGAAAGCUUAGAUGAUGAUCGAUCUGAUGGGAGUUUCUCGGAGAACACGAGUCAAUCAGACAGUCCUUGUGACUACAAACAUGAACAAGAGGAAAGUGAUCGUUGUGUGAGCUAUGAUGAGAUUGUGGUGAAUUCGGAUGAUGUUAUCGAGCUUGAUGAAGAAAGAGGGACUCUUGAUGUUCCUUUAGACAAUGAUGAUGUUUCAGUGGAGUGCAUAGCUAUUAAAGAAGAUUGCUGUGAGGAUCUUGGACUCCAUGAGAUACCAUUAGAGAUUGAGGAUAAACUGGAUUGUGCUACAGUUGAAACAGAACCUAGACUCGGUCAACAUGUUCCAGAAAAGCCAUCUGAUGCUAAUGAAAGACCUUCCUCCUCCUCUGCAUCUACAAAGAGACAUGAUGUAACUCCAAAAGCUGCUUCCAAGAAGACAAAGAGUUCUCCUCUAAGUUCUUAUUCAAAAAGCAAUGUAGAUGCCAAGAGCCAAAAGGUAUCAAGACCAAAGAAAACAGUUCAAUCUCAACCUCCAACACCGAAGAAAACCACCGAGACUCGAGCUUCUCUUACUACAAACAGGUGCAAGACUGGUGCUUAUUCUCCUAAGCUGGAGAUGAGUACAAAUGUUUCUGGUUUCCGUUUCAAAUGUAGCGAACGAGCUGAGAAGAGAAAAGAGUUCUAUACGAAACUGGAGGAGAAAAUACAUGCCAAAAAAUCAGAGACAAACCAGAUUCAGGCCAAAACUCAGCAAAAGGCAGAAGCUGAGAUUAAACAAUUUAGAAAAAGUCUUAACUUCAAGGCAACACCAAUGCCUUCAUUCUACAACACCAGUACUAAACCGGUGUCUCAUAGCAAGACCGAGCCAUCUAAAAUCGCGUUAUCGAAACCACGACAUACAACAUCAGUCACAGUAACGAACAGGGCGGUCACGAGAGUUGGUUAUAAACACGGUUUUGAAGAAGGUAAAACGGUAAAGGUAAUGGUCGGUAAUAAAAAACAGAGUGGUGCUAAAGAUUCGGAUUUGCAAAAGGGUAAUGUUAUGGCGGUUGAAACAAAACAAAAGAUUGGUUCUCGAAGGAGCGGGAACUAAACGGACAGGUGGCGGUUUGAAUUCUGCGGUUGGCUGCGUCGCGUUGCGAUCAAUCAUCAUCCUAUGCUUUUGUUUAUCGUUUUCUUAAGCUAAAAUUUGUAAUUGUGGAAUAUAUACUUUUAACCAAUAAGAUCACUCGGAAUAGUACUUAUUACUUAAUAAUAACAUGCAUAAUCUCGAUAAUUUGGCAA